CGGAGCGGAAGUCGCGUGACCCCGGAAGCGGCGCGGGCGCGGGCGCGGUCGGCGGAGUCGCGCGGCGGAGCGGGGUCUGCGCGCUCGAAGCUCCGGUGUCCCAGGCGCAGCCCGAGCAUGGCCGAGCAGGAGCCCACGGCCGAGCAGCUGGCCCAGAUCGCCGCCGAGAACGAGGAGGACGAGCACUCGGUCAACUACAAGCCGCCGGCGCAGAAGAGCAUCCAGGAGAUCCAGGAGCUGGACAAGGACGACGAGAGCCUGCGCAAGUACAAGGAGGCGCUGCUGGGCCGCGUGGCCGUGUCUGCAGACCCCAGCGUCCCCAAUGUGGUGGUGACCCGCCUGACCCUGGUGUGUGCCAGCGCCCCCGGCCCCCUGGAGCUGGACCUCACAGGUGAGGGGGCGCCCUCUGCUGGUCUUGGGGCCUGGACCCUCUGUUCCUCCCUCCCGCCCAUCCGGCCCUGGCUGGCUGGAGCUGCUGGGGUGGCCCGACCUCAUCCUUGUCCCCAACCCCGACCAGGCGAUCUGGAGAGCUUCAAGAAGCAGUCCUUCGUGCUGAAGGAGGGCGUGGAGUACCGGAUAAAGAUCUCCUUCCGCGUGAACCGCGAGAUCGUGUCGGGCAUGAAGUAUAUCCAGCACACAUACAGGAAGGGCGUCAAGAUCGACAAGACAGACUACAUGGUGGGCAGCUAUGGUCCCCGUGCCGAGGAAUAUGAGUUCCUGACGCCCAUGGAGGAGGCCCCCAAGGGCAUGCUGGCCCGUGGCAGCUACAGCAUCAAGUCGCGCUUCACGGAUGACGACAAGACAGACCACUUGUCCUGGGAGUGGAACCUCAACAUCAAGAAAGAGUGGAAGGACUGAGCCGGCCGGGAGGCGGCGGACGGACAGACCGACGGACCCUCCCUGCCCCCCUCCCUGCCACCCCAGUCCCCACCUGCAGGCCCCCUGCUGCCUUGGUGGUCUUGUGUCUCGUUGCUGCUUCCACCUGUGCUGAAGGGGGCUCCAGGCCCCUCACCGGCCCAGCCCGCCUGAUGUCCCGGCUUUUCUGCGGAUGGGGCCAUUGUUGGGUUUCUGGGGCGCCCGGCUCCCCCUUUCCCCGAGUCCUGUUCCGCCCUGUUCUCUGGGGGUGGCAGUGGGCUGCAGGGCUAGGUGGGGCCCAGUUCUGUCCUCCCGGGCACCGUCAUCGCUGUCAGUGACCGUCGAACCAUGAUGCCUUAACGUGGCGCGGGCCUGGCCACCGCCCGCCCUGUCUGCAUGAGCAUGCCUCCCACCGUCUGCUGCUCGGGGCUUGGGGAAAGCCAAAUUGCCAAAACUCCAGGCCCUCUGAGAGGCCGGGUGUCCUGACACUCCUGCCUGCUCCCCCGGUGCCCAUGUCAAACCCUCGGCCCCCAGAGACCUGGGCGUACCCACCGCGGCCGAGCCUUACCUGUCCUUGGGGCCCGCAGCCAGUGCCUGGCCUGUCAGUAUUUACGUUUCCACUCGUGUCUGGCCCAGCCAGCCUGCCGCCCUCUGCCCCAGGCUUGGCUCCACCACCCCAUCCGGGCAGGCCCCCUCCCCCGCCAGGACCACCGAGGGACCAAGUGUGAACAGCGGAGCCGUCUCCUGUGCCUCCCUCCACUGCCGGCCAGGCCCCGCCUCGCCCACAGCCUGGCCCUGCUUCCCCUUUCUCACCGGGAAAUAAAAGUUCCCCC